CGCAGCCGCGCGAGUGCGCGCGGGUCCGUGUGCCGGUGCGAGGCGGCAGCGCAGGCGGCGGCGGGCGCAGUCUGGCGGCGGGCCGCAGGGUGGCGCUCCGGGCCAAGACGUCGCCAGCGGCUGCGAGCGGAGGGGCGGCCGAGCCAGAUAGGCUCUGCCCAGCCCGGCCCGGCCGGGCAGCAGCGGCGGCGGCGGAUAGAGGUGUGCGGCGCACCGUGCCACCCGCUGCCAGACCGUGGCAGCCGCUUUCCGCGUCGCUAGCCGGACUCUGUGAGAAAGAAGGAGGGAGAGAGGGAGAGAAAGUGACCGCGCCCGCCACGCUGCUGCCGGGCGCCGCUUUCCGCGGAGGACUGCGCGGGCGAUCGGCGAGACGGAGGCUGUCCCUCCCGGACCGGCCCGACAUGGCGAUCGCAAGGCAAGUGCUUUGUCUCUCUGCUUUCCUGUCUCUGCCGCACGCUCGCUCCCAGCCCCUGCGGUACUCCGUAGCCGAGGAGGGGGAGAGCGGCUCGGUGGUAGGCAACGUGGCGGAGGACGCGGGGCUGGCCCCGGCGCAGCUCUCGGCUCGCCGCGCCCGCCUGGCCUCGGAGGACGGCCGGCAGCACUUUCGCUUAGAGCGCGGCACCGGCCGCCUGCUCGUGGCGGAGAGGCUGGACCGGGAGGAGCUGUGCGGGCAGGCCGCUACCUGCACGCUGCCCUUCGAGCUGGUGCUGGCCAACCCCCUGCAGUUCUUGCGGGUCGAGGUGACCGUGGAGGACAUUAACGACCAUGCGCCCGUUUUCCCCGAGGAACAAGUCACUUUUACGAUUCCUGAAACGAGCAGCCUGGGCUCCCGUUUCCAACUGGUAGGGGCUCAGGACCUGGAUAUUGGCAGCAACAGCAUCCAGGCUUACAGCGUCUCUCCCAAGAAUGAGUACUUUAGUGUCUCCUUUGGAAUUCAGAGUGGGGGUGAGAAGUAUAUUGAACUGGUCUUGGAAAAGCCACUAGACAGAGAGAAGCAGGCAGACAUACAUUUCACUGUCAUUGCCAUGGAUGGGGGCUCUCCACCCAGGAGUGGGACCACUGAAAUCCUCAUUAUUGUUCUGGAUGUAAAUGACAAUGCUCCAGUCUUCACACAGAAAGUGUACAUUGCGAAGGUUUUGGAAAAUGUGCCAGAGGGCUCUGUGGUUCUCAGUGUGGUGGCAACAGAUCUGGAUGCAGGACCUAACGGGGACAUCUCCUAUCAGUUCAUACCAGCGCUGGGCCAGAGUGACUCGGCAUUUGUGAUUGACCCUGUCAGUGGUGAAAUUAGACUCUCAAAGCCUCUGGACUUCGAGGCAACAGAGAAUCAUGAGCUCACUGUGCAAGCCAGGGAUGGUGGUGGCCUGUCAGCAAUCUGCAAGGUGUUGGUGGAGGUGGUGGAUGUGAAUGACAAUGCACCCGAGCUGGUGGUCAGUUCCUUCAGCAGCCCUCUCCCUGAAAACGCAUUACCUGGGACAGUCGUCGCCCUCUUUGCUGUCAGGGACAGGGAUUCUGGAGCCAAUGGGAAGAUCUCCUGUGCCCUUGAGGACCAGCUGUCAUUCUCCCUGCGUCCGGCCUAUAAGAAUUACUAUGAGCUGGUGACCGUGAGCGAGCUGGACCGUGAGGAUAUUGCACAGUACAUCCUGAGUGUCACAGGAGCAGAUGCAGGGUCACCUCCUCUCACAACCACACAGACCUUCACAGUGGAUGUCUCUGAUGUGAAUGACAAUGCACCUGUCUUCAACCAGACAUCAUACACCAUGUAUGUGCGUGAGAAUAAUGUCCCCAUGGUGCUCGUUGGAGCAGUGAGUGCUGCAGAUGCUGAUGUGGGGCCCAAUGCCAAGGUGACCUACUCCCUGUUACCAGCCCACCCCACAGAGCAGCCUCCCUGCUCCUGCAUCUCUGUGAACUCUGAGAAUGGGGAUGUGUUUGUGCUGCGGCCUCUGGACUAUGAGCAGAUUAGGCAGGUUGAGGUCUUGGUGAGUGCUUCUGACACAGGGUCUCCUCCCCUCAGUGCCAACGUCACUGUCCGCCUUGUCGUGGUGGAUGAGAAUGACAAUGCACCACUGGUGCUGUACCCCUCACAGGACAGCAACCCGCCUUCCAGUGAGCUGGUGCCCAUGUCAGGUGAGGCUGGGUACCUUGUCACCAAAGUGGUGGCUGUUGAUGCUGACUCAGGGCAGAACUCAUGGCUCUCAUACCACCUGCUGAGGGCCACUGACCCUGGGCUCUUUGUGGUGGGUGCCCAAAGUGGGGAGGUGCGGCUGAGGAGGCCUGUGACAGAGAGAGAUGCUGUGAAGCAGAAGCUCAUUGUUCUGGUGCGAGACAAUGGGCAACCGCCGCUGUCAGCCACAGUGUCACUGAGCGCGCUCCUGCUCAGUGACUUCUCAGACGUGCGCCUACCACACAGCAGCCUGGCCACAGAGGAUGAGGGUGACUCCCUAACAAUGUAUUUGAUAAUUUUAUUGGUUUUUGUCUCACUCCUCUUCCUCGCAUCCACGGCAGCCUUCAUUGCUCGCAAGGUGUGCAUGAGAAGGGAGAUCAAGGGUGGGCAUGUGUUCUACGGUGCUGGCACCUUGCGGGGUGGCCUGGCCGAUGUGGCUGCUGUAGGGACCCUGCCCCACCCCUAUUGCUAUGAGAUCAGCCUCACAACAGGCUCAGGCAACAGCGAGUUCAAGUUCCUGAAGCCCAUCCUCCCCAGCCUGCCACCACAGCACUGCACCAUGGGCAGGGGCACUGACGGUGAACAGGAUUUCCCCAGUUGCCCUAUCACUACGGAGGACGUGGCACCAGACAACACAGGAAUUCUCUCUGCGGAGCAGUUCAAUAAUCUUUCCUUUAAGUAGUGUGGAGUCAGCACAGCCAGAGGUUUCAGGCCUCAUGAGUGGAAGGGAUGUGGGUUCCAACAUGUGGCAAUGGUUCCUCCAGAGUAAAUCUCAUUUGCAAUUUGCAACAUUGAUUUCCCUCAGAUUUUUAGUCAGGUGAAAACUUGUUUCCCCCUCAGAAGAAGCAGCAAAAUCAUAUAAAGGCUCCCUCAGAUAGGUAAUAAUAUGUUCCAGUUCUCUUGGAGCCAUUUCUGAAAUAUUUCAAGAGUGAAGUUAGUUCCAGGCCCCCAGCUGAGUUCUUAGUUUUCUGUUAGGCAAGACAGUGGCCCUCUUCUGUGCUGUAAGACUAUGGCACAGUCAUGCAGACCGGUUACCUGCUCACUGAAAUACAUGUAGUCCUUCUGCUGGAUCAAGAGAGCAAGGAAGUUGUGAGUAUUGUGUUACAAUAUAAGUCAAGCACAGGGCUCUUUCUACUCUGGGUUCUGGAUGUUUUUGUUUCUGGGAUGUAUGCCCUGUGCUUUUGCAUUCACCUUUUGCCCUUUCUCCUUUGUGUACCAUGUUUGACCUCUUCCUCUUAAGAAGGACUGUCAUCCCACGUACAGUAACGGAUUGUGUGAAUGAAGGCAGUGUGACAGAAUUUUUAGAAACCCUCAAGCUAUCUUGUGUUACAGUUAUAAACUGUACCAUUGUGAACUGCAAUAUAUUUAUGUCUAAAACGUAAAUGAAAAGAACAAUGUUGGCAUAGACUGUAACUGUACAGUUGUAAAAACACAUACAUUGUCUUUGAGUGCAUUGUAAGGAAACUCCAGAAUUCACUUCCAAGGAGUUUGUCUAAAGGUAGAAUUGAUAUGAACUUGGAAGUGGGCUAUUGUGUUUGAUCUUGUCAUUGUUGUUGCCAAAUUCAGAGACUUUUGCUGAGAGUGGAAAGCUGUCCUAAGAUUAUUUUCUAGGUUUUUGUAGAGCUUUUGCAUUCUCACUUUUGCCAUUUCUCAUUCUGCUUUGUGAAUUUUAUUUGAGCAUUUCCUGGCCUAUUCUUCAUAAGAAGGACUGUCAACCCAUGUAUAAUAACAGACUGUUCGAAUGAAUGCAGUGUGGCAUGGAAUAUUUAGAAACACUCAGGCUGUGUUGUGCUGUUUUUAUAUACCGCACCACUGUUAACCACGAUAGAGUUGUGUGUAAAAGUUAAAUAAAGAGAACCCCUCAA